GCUGCCUCACAUCAACCUCCCCCCUAAAAAAAACCAAAACAGCAUAAGAGAAGGCACUAAUAAUGAUCUUCAGGUGGUUAAGAUGCACAUUUACAAUAAGUAGGACCGUAUGUGAAAGAAAGGAAGGAACUCAUGGCACAAAUUUGCACUGUUGUUCAGCAAUAACAUUCCCCUAGGCCUGUUCCACAUCCUCCUGAAGCCCUUGACUAAUUCCUUCCCCUGUUGCAUGACAUUAACUGUAGACAGUUCCACCUUAUACAGGUAUGUAUUUCUGUGAGUCCCUUAGGAAGCACACCUGGGACAACCUAAGAGAGACUCCAGAUGCAGGGCUCCCUGCAAAAUUCAUCAGCUCUCUCUUCCUAAAGCAAACAUAUUGCAUCUGCUCUUUCACACAGCCCCAAGAUGUGGUGUCUCCUCGUGCUGUUGUGUUCCCAGGCCAUUGUCUUUUCAGCAGGAUUCACAGCACUCCAUGCUCUGAAAUCAGAGGAAGGACUGCACAGGAAGCAACGCAACCCUGAAGACCUCAUGAACGUUACUGAAAUGAUCAGAUAUCAUGGAUACCCCAGUGAGAAGUAUGAAGUUACUACGGAGGACGGAUACAUACUCGGUGUUUUCAGAAUUCCCAAUGGGAGGAACAUGCAAAAUACAGGACAAAAGCCAGCAGUUUUGCUGCACCAUGGUACUUUUGCAGACUGUACUUACUGGAUUGCUAACCUGCCCAACAACAGUCUCGGCUUCAUCCUUGCAGAUGCCGGCUAUGAUGUUUGGCUGGGAAACAGCCGAGGAAACACCUGGUCUGCAAAACACAAGACUCUUAAAACAUGCCAGAAAGAGUUCUGGCAGUUCAGCUUCGAUGAGAUAGGUAAAUAUGAUCUCCCGGCUGAGAUGUACUUCAUCAUGAAUAAAACUGGACAGAAGAAUGUAUAUUAUGUUGGUCACUCAGAAGGUUCAACUGCAGGCUUUGUAGCACUUUCUACUUAUCCAGAGUUGGCACAAAGGGUGAAAAUGUUCUUUGCUUUAGGACCAGUACUCACUGUCACACACGCUACCAGUCCUUUUGUAACAUUUGCACGUCUUCCUCAGCCAGUGAUCCAUUUGGUCCUUGGUUACAGAGGAGCUCUUCGCCAGAAUGAACUGCUGAGAAGGCUUGCAAUACAGCUGUGCACACCUCUGCAAAAAGUUUGUGCCAAUAUCUUAUACACCAUAGCUGGGGGCAGAGCGCAAAACCUGAAUGCGAGUCGAAUAGAUGUAUACGUAGGACAUUACCCAGCUGGAACAUCAGUACAGAAUAUUAUACACUGGCAUCAGCUAACCCAUACAGACAGAUUCCAAUCUUAUGACUAUGGCUCAAGGAUAAAUAUGCAGAAAUACAACCAGUCUACUCCUCCUGCAUACGAGAUAGAGAAGAUAAGCACGCCCAUUGCCGUUUGGAGUGGUGGACAAGACAAAUUUGCAGAUCCCAAAGACAUAACAAAACUACUUUCUAGGAUUAAUAAUCUCUAUUACCAUGAGAAUUUUCCUUUCUGGGGACAUCUUGAUUUUGUCUGGGGCCUGGAUGCAACUGAAAAAAUGUAUAUGAAAAUUGCUGAACUAAUUAGAAAAUAGCCUUAAAGAUUCAUACAGGAAGUUCCUUCAUCCAGCAAAGCCCUCAAAGAUUUCUAGCAGUAGAAAUAUAGGUAUAGAGAUUGGUAUAGGGGUUUGUUUCUUUCUUGCAUUAUAUCUCAGGGUUUUAUGGUAUUUUGGUGAAGGUGGGUAGGUAGGUAGGGUAAGGUACGUUAGGAAGGUAAGAAACAUGAUGACCACUGAAUAUACAAUUGAGAAGGCAGUGUGAGUUACUUUGAAAUAUUUUAACAGUUACAGGGCUGAUUUUGCUACAAACAAGCUUUUAUCUCCCUUGUAUACUAGUAAUAUAUAUUCCACUUGAGACAGAGGUGUUAUCAUACGAAAACAUAAAAAUUGGAUAUAGUCAUUUCUCUGUUUAAGUAUUACUGAUCUUUGCUUAAAUUAAAUCAUUAUCCUCUUCUUGAAGUGCUUGGCCUGUUUUUAUUUUCUCAUAUUACCAAGAACUGCAAGCCUGAACCCCAAGAUCUUCUGUCGUAAGGCUACCCUAGCAUUUGAAUAUACAAUAGUUUGCCUUAUUAGCCCAAAUACCAAGGGAUUCCUCCAAGGGAUAUCUCUCAAAACCUAUGUCAGAGGGAAACCACUUGCCGCUAACCACUUGUUAGAGAGAUGCAGAUACUCUGUCAUCCUUCAUGCCCACAUAUCAGCAACUCUUUUGUUCACUCCCUGAGUACAAAGAGAACAAACAUCUCUA